AUGUCCACUCAUUCCACGGGGCAUGAGUUUUUUAUGAAUAUGGCCUUCGCCGAGGCAGCAAAGGCAUUUAAUAAGCUAGAAGUUCCUGUGGGAUGUGUUGUUGUCAGAGACGGGGCUGUGCUAUCCAUGUCCCAUAACAUGACGAAUGCUAAUAAAUCGCCGCUUGAUCAUGCAGAAAUAAUUUCUAUUAGAGAUGUAGACUGCUCGAACAGCAUAUUCUAUGUGACUUGUGAGCCAUGCAUUAUGUGCAUGGGAAUACUUGGGAGAUUGGAAAAUGUCGAAGUGUACUACGGAUGCAAGAAUGAAAUCUUUGGAAGCGAAACAAUAUGUGGUGUUGGGGUAAAUAGUACACACCUGCCAGAUGACCGAUGCUUUAAGAUACUUCAGGAGUUUUAUACCCGAGAAAAUGCAUUUGCUCCUGAUGAAAAGCGAAAGAUCAAAAGGAAUCGUUGA